CGCCGCAAGCAGUGGCACCCGUCCGACGCACUCAAAGCCGUCGUCCAUCCGUCCAUCUAGCUUCCCUCGUGCUCCAACUCUCCAACCCUGUUUGCUCUCACCGAUCGCAGCUUCUUCCUCGAGGUCAGCUCGGCGUCCGACGUCUUCGUCUGCUCAGCCGCGCAUCCGGCCCAAACCAUUGAAUCCCUCUUUCUUUGCGGAUUGAAUUUCUGCCCUCUUGCUUCUCGUUCGAUCUGGCAGAGUGCUCUUUUUCCACCCCCAAUCCAUUCUGCUAACCGCAUCACAGAGCACUAGUUGCGGAACUCUGCCUCGCUGCGCGGAGGAGCACGACCUUGAACUUCCGCCGCCGCCUCCGUCAUCUUCUGAACAAUAUGUUUGUUCGGUCUCCGCCCUUGGAAGUUGGCUCGGGACUCGUGAGUCUUCAGUGGUGAAGUGAAAAAGAAGGAAUAACAGUGGUCGUCGUCUGGUCUUCGUCGCCGUCGCGCUCAACUGCUCUCCGUCAUUGUGUGCCUAGACUGCUCUCAGAUCGAAGAUUCACAUAACUUUCUUCAAUGUUAACUUUCUCUGGUUUAGCUGAUCCCUUCCAGUCAAAUUCUGCUACAACAGAUCGAAAAUUAAGAGGGGAUAAAGGACAGAACUUGUCGUUGCGAUUGGCGUAAAUUUUCAAUACAAGUGUUGAGACGAAGUUAUCAUGGAUGCGAAAGCUGCGAAAGCGUUGCAACUUUCAGCUCUGCUUCAACCGGAGAAGAUUCGGUCAAAACCCAGUGGCGCUUCUUCUCUGAGCAUAUCACGUGAGCCGCACAAAAAGUUUUUCCGGGUUUCGGUUUCGGUUAAGUUGCAGCCUGUUAGAACUUCCACGAUCCGGCGCAGGGUAGCACCUUUGGAGGUUACUCGUUCAUACGAAAAUAUCCCAGCUUCGACAUUGGAAUCUGGAACCUGUCAUGCUCUUCUUGAUGAAGAGUUGAUUUUGAAGAGUAGAUCACAAGAGAUCGAUCCAUAUUUAAAUGGACGCUGUAUAUAUCUUGUUGGAAUGAUGGGAUCUGGGAAGACAACUGUGGGGAAGAUUAUGGCACAAGUGCUUGGCUAUUCUUUCUGUGAUAGUGAUGCAUUGGUGGAGGAGGAGGUUGGAAAUUCUGUAGCUGAUAUAUUCAAGCACUAUGGAGAAGCUUUCUUUCGCGAUAAAGAGACCGAGGUAUUGCAUAAACUGUCCCUGAUGCGUAGAUUUGUUAUUUCUACUGGUGGAGGUGCUGUUAUCAGGCCCAUCAAUUGGAAACAUAUGCACAAGGGCGUCAGUGUUUGGUUGGAUGUACCGCUGGAAGCCUUGGCACAGAGAAUUGCAGCUGUAGGAACUAACUCUCGCCCCCUACUACAUUAUGAAGCAGGAGAUGCAUACACCCGGGCUCUCCUGAAGUUAUCUGCUCUUUUUGAAGAAAGAGGUGAUUCAUAUGCCAAUGCCAAUGCCAGGGUCUCAUUGGAAAAGAUAGCGGCAAAACUGGGCCAAAGAGAUGUGUCCAAACUGUCACCAACUGCUAUUGCACUUGAGGCAUUGGAACAAAUUGAAGUCUUUUUGAAGGAAGAAGACAACAAUUACGCAGAACGCUAAUAAAAACAGACACAAGCAUUGUUGACGUGUUCAUAUUUUUUCCGUUAUAUGCAAGCAAGGCCAUGAUAAUAUCGUGCAAUGUCAAUAUGUUUUUAAUUUAAAAAAAAAAAAAAAAAGAAGUGAUGAAACCUGUCAUAUGUUUCUGCAUAAUUUGUGUUAGCAUUUAGAAUAAGCUGAGGAGCUACCAGCAGUGUUUAUGUUUUGUUUAUUGUUGAUGUAUAUAUAUAUUUGUAGUCGAGUUUGGUUGAUCUGGUUAUGUAUUACUUCCUCCAAGAGGAUUUUUAUGUUGUAAA